AUGAGUACCUCAGAAACCAAGUCACUGUCUGACAAGCAAUCUGCUGAGCCUCAAUCAACAGAACAAUGGGGCAGAGUGUUGUUGUGUGGUGGCACAGACUGGCCUAAAUUAGGACGGAGAGAGCGGGGUGGAGGCAGUAAGAACGCUCCGGAAGGUGACGAAUCCGGCCCUGACCUCCUGGAGCCGCACAUCCUUCGCUCUCUCAGCAAUGUCAAGAUUACGUCCAUCCAUACAUCGUGCGUGGGGUGUCACGUCGUCGCCAUCGAUAUCGACGGUGCUGCAUGGCUAUUUGGCCGGAACGAACGUGCUGCACUGGGUUGUACGGGGAUGGAAUACAUAUCUGAGAACGCACCGAAACGCUUAACGGCUCGGGAACUCGGCGCCCCGAAGGGAACACGCUUCGUCCACGCUGCUUGCGGCAGAAAUCAUACCCUGCUGGUAGGAAGUGGAGGUCAACUAUGGACUGCAGGUGCCAACAAUCACGGACAAUGCGGGCACCCUGUCUGCUCGGAGAUCACCUCUUUCAAGCUCGUUCAUGGACCGAAAGUUGCCGGUGAGAAGGAAGAGGUCAUCAAGGCCGCUGCCGGAGUGACCUUCUCCAUAGUACUUACGACCAGCGGGAAAGUGUUCUCUUUUGGUAGCGCUGAACAUGGUCAGCUCGGUCAGGGGAAGACGGGGGAAUACAUCGUCACUGCGGGCAAAACAGCUUUCGACAUCGAAUGGGACCCUAUUCUCAUCAAGGGCCUGGAGGACAAGCGAAUAGUCAAGAUUGCAUGCGGGCAACAGCACAGUGUGGCUUUGGACUCCGAAGGGCUUGUCUACGUGUGGGGUUACAAUGGUUACUGUCGCCUUGGACUGGGGAAUCAGCAGGAUGCGCUUGUACCGAAAGUGGUACCACAGUUCGCUGUUCCAGAUGAACUGACGAUGGGAGAUGAUAUCGUCGCUGGCCCAUCUAAUACUGUCGUCAUCGACAAGCAGAGAAUGUACUGGAUGGCUGGCAAGUGGAAGAAUACUGGAGACGGCUCCUCCGGCCAACCAUAUUCGAGCUUCCGCUACAUCCAGGAUAUUGCGGCGUGCAAGGUGACUCAUGCAGCUUGCGGUGGCGUGACCCAUUGGGCUCUCGCGCCGGACGAAGACGACGGCGGUGUGAUGACAAUCGCAUUCGGCCAAGGAGCAGCAAACGGCGAGCUAGGGUUGGGUCCUGAUGAGACUAAGAGUGCCACCAAGCCUAUCCGUAACCAGCCACUUAUUGGUGUGGAUGUCUUUCAAAUUGCAGCUGGCCAGCACACGACGUUCUUCCUCGCCAAGCCUAACGAGAAGAUGUCCGAGCUACCGCGACAUCCCGUUGACGUCGGUGCACCGGACCUCUGCGUCGUUUGCAAGACUAACAAAGGAGAAGACGACGUCCUCCUGGAAUGCGACAAGUGCGAUCGCCCGUAUCACCUGAAAUGUCUGGAUCCUCCUCUUGAUGCAGUCCCGGAAGGCGAGUGGUUCUGUCCCGAGUGCGUGGAGUACCCCGGUGCUCCGAUUGGUCCGGAAGGCGUGGACACGAGCCAAGCACGCCACGGCAAUCCAGAGACCACGGACGAGGAGGAGGCAGCAGACGAGGAGAAGAAGCCGGCUCAUAAAGCAAGCCGCAAGCGUAAGUCGUCUGGUAAAGCCAAGACUGGAACGACAAAGCGUCGAAAAUGAUAAUAACUCUUCCUGCCACUACCGUCGAGCUUAGACCAUGCAUUUUUGUGGAUCAUCAUCCCAUGGACUUCUGUAUACAAGUGUAAUCAAACUUGGUCUGUGUAAUCAUUAUUCUCUCCGCACCCCCCUCUCCGUUGAACAAUUAGAUAGUCUAGUUUUGUAUAGUCACGUUCAGAAGUUAUUUCGUCCGUGCCGCCCGCUCAUGUAGCCCUUG